ACAGCUGGACAAACACUGACACCUUCAAACAAUGAGCUACAGAGCAGCGUGGGAGGACAGAGAGCAACUCGGACAGGCUGAGGGGAACAGGGUAGGCACGGAAAUUUAAAAGGGACUUGCCGCUGAGAGGGGCUAUUCCUAUGGGACAGGAUUGCACACAGUAACACUGAGAUUCAUGGAGAAGAGAGCUUAAGCAAUAAGCUUCACAGCAGAGUGUAGGUAACUCUGAGGGAGAACUCUUGAUAGACAAACUGUUCCCUGCCUAUCCCUGAACCCUCAGCUAACUGGCUGGUGUAUGACCAAGGGAGACUCACUCAAUCACUGUUGCCUUUUGAUAUUCUUCACCAAUGGAUGUGUUUGGCGGAGCCCCACGAUUCUUAUCCUAUCCCAGAACAUUCACUGUCCCAAACGGGGCAGAUGCAAUUCUCAAGUGCCAGAUCGCAGGAGACCCUCGGCCAACAGUGAUCUGGGAGAGGGACAAGACCCAGAUCUUCCCUUCGGGUCGUUACCACUUCCUGGAGGAUGGGAACAUCUACAAUCUGGUGGUCUCGCAGGCGAGGUUGGAGGACAGCGGGCAGUACAUCUGCAAGGCCAAGAACGGGGUGGGCGAGACCUACGCUGCCGCUACCCUCAAGGUGGAGGAGUGGGGUGUGAGCUCGGAGAACAAGCCGGCCUUCCUGGUCAAGCCCACCUCAGCCAGGGUGGCCAGAGGCGACAACGUGGUCUUCUCCGGCCAGUUGACGGGGUGUCCGAUGCCCGUGGUGACGUGGGAGAAGGAUGGCAAGAAGCUGGGUGAGAUCUUUGAGAGCGGGCACUUCAGCGAGGGCUGGGAUGGGGAAGGGUGGCACCACCUGAAGAUCUUCAAUGCCCGGAUACCCGACGCGGGCGUGUAUCUCUGCAAGGCACGCAGCGCCUUCGGAGAAGCCAUGUCGGCAGCCGUCCUCCUGGUGGACCCUGGCGCCCAUACCCAGGAAGCCGGACCCCCCACUGAGCCCGCAGCCGGUUACCCCAGCACCAACGGCAUCCAGGACGGUGAGGGGCCAGACAGCCGCCGUUGCCUCCAUGAGGCGAGGCGCGAGAGGAGACACCGGAGCCGCCAUCGCAACCUCCGGGACCCGCAGCCCGCCUCCAGGAGCGCCCGCCAGAGUCAGAUCAGCGAGGAGGGGCCGCGGGUUUCCAAAGUCAAGGUGUUCUCUGUGACAGAGGGCAAGCACGCCAAGUUCCGCUGCUACGUCACCGGGAAGCCCAAGCCUGAGAUCAUCUGGAGGAAGGAUGGCAGGCUGAUCGCCCCUGGUAGGCGUCACCUUCUCUACGAAGACAGGGAGGGCUACUUCAUCCUCAAGGUCCUGUACUGCAAACAGCAGGAUAAUGGUCUGUAUGCCUGCGCAGCCUCCAAUGCAGCUGGUCAGACACUCAGCUCCGUGCUGCUCCACGUCAAAGAGCCUCACAUUAAGUUUAAGAGUCAGCUGCAAGAUGUGGAGGUGAACGAGAGGGAACAGGCCAUCCUGGAGUGUGAGGUUCCCGGUGACUCGAUCCCAGCUGUCUGGUACCUUGAAGACCGUAAGUUACAUUCCAGCGCCAAGUACAUCAUCGAGCAGCAGGGGAGCCUGCGCCGCCUCACCAUCAAGGACAUCACCAUGGACGAUGAUGGCGUUUACCUCUGUGAGAUGAAAGAUGGUGGCAGGAGCAUCGCUGAGGUGGCAGUGAAAGGUAAAAUUGUGAAGCGGUUACCACGGAAACUGGAUGUGGUGGAAGGGGAGAACGCAGCAUUUUGUGUGGACUUGGAUGAGGAGAAUGUGGAGGUUUCCUGGUACAAGGAUGGGGAGCUGCUGAGUGAGUCUCACAAAACCAUUAUCAAAUCCUUCGGGAAGACACACAUCCUGGUCUUCGUCAACGCCACGGCGGAAGAUUCCGGUGUCGUCACCUUUGUGAUCAGUGACUCCAAAUCGUCAUCCCAGCUCCGAGUGAAAGCCAAGAGACAGGUGCCUCCGAGCGCCCCAGUGAAUGUACGGAUGAGCAGUGAGAAGCCCAACAUUGCCUCACUGCUGUGGUCACCACCGUCCGACUGCCAGAGGAACAGGGUGUCGGCUUACGUGAUCGAGCGGCAGGAGCUGGGCAGUGAGGAGUGGGUGCGCUGCCUGACCGCUGAGACCAGCACGGCCGUGGAGAUCCUGGGAGACAGCGUACCCACCGAGGCUCGCUACCGAUUUCGGGUCUGCUCCAUCAACAACUACGGGAGGAGUGAGCAGGUGGAGUUUCCCGGAGCGGUACAUCUGGUCCCGUCUGCAAGGAUUCACACCCAUCUGAGUGAUUUGAUAGCGUGUCAGGACACCGAUGCGGAGUUUACCAUUGAGCUGUCCACCUCAGUCCUAGGAAUCUGGCACAUGAAAGGACGGCAGCUCCAUGAUGAUGAAAGGUUCAAGAUCGAGCAGUCGAGGUCACGUCACUCACUGCUGAUCAGAGGGGUCAAAAUGGAAGAGAACGAGUCAGAGAUAACAUUUGUUGCCCAUGGGGUGCGAGACUCCGCCAUUUUGUUUGUCAAAGCUGUCCCAGUGAGAAUCACAACGAGCCCCGGAAUGGAUCGAGUCCAGCAGGUCACAGCCUCAGAGUCGAUUGUCCUUUGUUGUGAGUUGUCAAGGCCGAAUGUCCAGGUUCGCUGGUGUAAAGAUGGUGAAGAACUCAUCCCAAGUGACCGCCUCACUAUCCAAUCACUAGGCCAGGUUCGGAAGCUCAUCGUCCAGUCUGCCCAGCCUUCAGAUUCUGGUCAGUAUGCCUGCGAUGCAGCCGAUGAUGUCAUCGUGUUCAGUGUUAAGGUUUCAGAAUCUCCAGUGAGAAUAGUGAACGGUACAGACGAUACGAAGAUGGAAUAUCUCACUUCUGACCGUAUUGCCCUGACCUGUGAGCUCUCCCACUCCAACGCCGAGGUGAAAUGGUACAAGGACGGAUUGGAGGUUGAGGGAAGUGGGAAUGUCACAAUGGAGUCACAUGGGGUCCACAGGAGUCUGAUUAUUCAGAAGGCCGGAACGGAAGAUUCCGGAGAAUACGUCUGUGAUGCUGGAGACGAUUCCAUUUUUUAUGACAUCACAGUGAAAGAGCCUCCGGUGAAAAUCGUCAAUAGUUCCCCUCCUGUGUUGAGCGUGCUGACCGGUGGUAAGAUUACCCUCUUGUGUGAGCUCUCACGGCCUGAGGCAGAGGUGAGAUGGUACAAGGAUGGGGUGGAGGUGAAGAAUGUGAGGGCCAAGAUGGAGGUGGACAGAGGGUGCAGGAGGCUGACUGUCUGCUCAGCUACGAUGGAGGACCAAGGGAUGUACGUGUGUGACGCAUUCGAUGACUCGGCCAAGUUUGAAGUGACCGUCUCCGAGCCUCCAGUGAAAAUCGUCAACAGUUCCUCUCCGGUGUUGAGCGUGCUGACUGGUGGUGAGGUUGUCCUCAUGUGUGAGCUCUCACGGUCCGAGGCGGAGGUGAGAUGGUACAAGGAUGGGGUGGAGGUGAAGAAUGAGAGGGCCAAGAUGGAGGUGGACAGAGAGCACAGGAGGCUGACUGUCUGCUCAGCUACGAUGGAGGACCAAGGGACAUACGUGUGUGACGCAGUCGAUGACUCGGCCAAGUUUGAAGUGACCGUCUCCGAACCUCCGGUGAAAGUCAUCAACAGUUCCCCUUCGGUGUUGAGUGUGCUGACCGGUGGUGAGAUUGUCCUUUCGUGUGAGCUCUCACGGCCCGAGGUGGAGGUGACAUGGUACAAGGAUGGGGUGGAGGUGGAGAGGAGCAAGAGGUCCAUUAUGGAGGUGGACAGAGAUUGCAGGAGGCUGACUGUCCGCUCAGCUACGAUGGAGGACCGAGGGACAUAUUGGUGUGAUGCAGUCGAUGACUUGGCCAAGUUUGAAGUGACCGUCUCCGAACCCCCGGUGAAAAUCGUCAACUGUUCCCCUCUGGUUUUGAGCGUACUGACCGGUGGUGAGGUUGUCCUCUCGUGUGAGGUCUCGCGGCCCGAGGCGGAGGUGAGAUGGUACAAGGAUGGGCUGGAGGUGGAGCGAAGUGAGAGAUCAGUGGUGGAGGUGGACAGAAGGUGCAGGAGGCUGACCAUUCACUCGGCUACAAUGGAGGACCAAGGGACGUACACGUGUGAUGCAGUUGACGAUUCAGCCAAGUUUGAAGUGACCGUCUCCGAGCCGCCGGUUAAGAUAAUCCGACGGGCUGACCAGCCGGCAGAGCACAAGUACUCGGCCUCCGAGGACAUUGCGCUCGAGUGUGAGCUGUCUCGGUUGGAUGGUGUUGCCAAAUGGUACAAGGAUGGGGAAAAGCUGGUGGAAAACGAGAGGAUAUCCAUCGGGAGGAAGGGAACGUUCCGGUCACUGCGGAUACUGGACGCUCGGACAACAGACUCGGGGGAGUACCUCUGUGAUGUCCAGGGUGACAGCGUUGUAUUCAGAGUCUGUGUGGAAGAGCCGCCGGUUAAGAUAAUCCGACGGGCUGACCAGCCGGCAGAGCACAAGUACUCAGCCUCCGAGGACAUUGCGCUCGAGUGUGAGCUGUCUCGGUUGGAUGGUGUUGCCAAAUGGUACAAGGAUGGGGAAAAGCUGGUGGAAAACGAGAGGAUAUCCAUCGGGAGGAAGGGAACGUUCCGGUCACUGCGGAUACUGGACGCUCGGACAACAGACUCGGGGGAGUACCUCUGUGAUGUCCAGGGUGACAGCGUUGUAUUCAGAGUCUGUGUGGAAGAGCCGCCAGUUAAGAUAAUCCGACAGGCUGACCAGCCGGCAGAGCACAAGUACUCGGCCUCCGAGGACAUUGCGCUCGAGUGUGAGCUGUCUCGCUUGGAUGGUGUUGCCAAAUGGUACAAGGAUGGGGAAAAGCUGGUGGAAAACGAGAGGAUAUCCAUCGGGAGGGAGGGAACGUUCCGAUCACUGCGGAUACUGGACGUUCGGACAACAGACUCGGGGGAGUACCUCUGUGAUGUCCAGGGUGACAGCGUUGUAUUCAGAGUCUGUGUGGAAGAGCUGCCGGUUAAGAUAAUCCGACAGGCUGACCAGCCGGCAGAGCACAAGUACUCGGCCUCCGAGGACAUUGCGCUUGAGUGUGAGCUGUCUCGCUUGGAUGGUGUUGCCAAAUGGUACAAGGAUGGGGAAAAGCUGGUGGAAAACGAGAGGAUAUCCAUCGGGAGGGAGGGAACGUUCCGGUCACUGCGGAUACUGGACGCUCGGACAACAGACUCGGGGGAGUACCUCUGUGAUGUCCAGGGUGACGGCGUUGUAUUCAGAGUCUGUGUGGAAGACCCUCCAGUGACCAUCGUUGGAAGCUCCCAGAUCUCAGGAGACCGCAGCUUCACAGAGUCUGAGACCAUCGCCAUGACCUGUGAACUGUCCCGUCCAGAUGUGCAGGUUCAAUGGUACAGGGAUGGUACGGAGCUGCUGCCCGCCGACAGGAUCAGGAUCGAUUCGCGGGGUCUGACGCGGGAGCUGAUGAUCUUCGAUUCGGAGCCGGGUGAUUCCGGCCACUAUGUAUGCGACGCGGGCUCUGACAAACUGACCUUUAAAGUAACCGUCACAGAGGCCCCGUUGCUGUUCACCAACAAGGAGAAGCAUCCAGAAGAAGUUCACGCCAACGAGAACGGGAAGGCAGUGCUGGCAGCCAUCGUCUCCAAGGAGCACGCCAGCGUCACCUGGUUCCGGCAUAAGGAGCAGGUGCUCGAGGGAGAGAAAUACGAGAUGAAGAGCGAGUCACGGGUGCACAGUCUGAUCAUCAAGAACGUCCUGAAGGAAGAUUCCGGAUUCUACACCUGCCGCUCCGCAGACGACGAGAUGGUUUUCAAUGUGACCAUGGCUGAGCUUCCACUCCAGUUUGUGCUGAAGCUGGAGGACUUGUGCGUUCAGAAAGAUGGCACCGUCACCCUGUGGUGUGAACUCAACAAGGCCAAGGGCGAUGUCAUGUGGCUGAAGGACGGGAAGGAGGUCCAGCCCAAUCGCAAGCACAUUGUCCGAGCUGAGGGGAGGCUGAGGUCCUUGACUCUGGCCAAAGUGACCCUUGCGGACCAGGGCGAAUACUCCUGCGAGUCCAAGGAUGACAGGACAUCAGCACAAGUGUCCGUCAGAGUUCCCCGGGUCGUGGAGUUCAUCUGUGACCUCCGCAGUGUCACAGUGCUGGAGGGAGACGACGCCAACUUCAAGUGCAUGGUGUCCCCGGAGGACGUGAGGCUGUCCUGGCAAGUGAACGGCACAGAAAUCCCGCCCGGCAGCGACAGAUACGUGGCCUCGCGAAACGGGCUGUGCCACACGCUGGUGAUAAGAAACUGCCAGCUGGCAGAGGCCACCAGAGUGACAGCGGAGGCAGAGGGAAUUGUCUCCAGUGCCACCCUUCAGGUGCAAGAGACCCAAAUCGUGUUCACCAGGAAGAUGGAGAGUGUGGUGACAGAGGAACUGCAGGAUGCCGCCUUCGAGGUGGAGGUGAGCAGCGAGUCAGCCGAGGUCCAGUGGAUGAAGCAGGGGGUGGUCAUCCAGCCCGGUCCAAAAUUCCUCCUCCAGCAGGAUGGCAGAACCAGGCGGCUAGUAGUGUGCAGCACCGUGUUCGCAGACCGAGGGAGCUACCGCUGCGAGACCCUGCAUGAUAGAACACAGGCCAAACUCAGUGUGGAGCCUCGAAGAAUAACAGUGAGGAAACCACUGGAGGACCUGGAGAUCUUUGAGAAGGAGGCAGUCACGUUCCAAGUGGAGUUAUCUCACCCAGAUGUUGCAGGCGUGUGGAUCAAAGACGGAAUCCGAGUGAAGUCCAACAACAACCGGCGGAUCAGCGUGGCCGGAAGAGUCCACAGCCUCACACUGUCCGCACUGACACUCGAGGACUCAGGCACCAUCUCCUUCCAGGCCGACAAUGUCCGAAGCAGCUCACGGUUAACAGUCAGAGAACCCCCGGUGACCUUCUUGAAGCAGCUGAAGGAUUUGCGCGUUCCGGAAACUACCUUCAUCACGAUGGAGUGUGAGCUGUCCCGGCCUAAUGUCGAGGUCACCUGGUAUAAGAAUGACUUGGAGAUGAAACCCAAUAAAAAUAUUAGGAUUUAUUCCAUGGGGAGGAAGAGGAUUGCCCACUUGGGGAAAUGCGGAGUCCAAGAUUCCGGAACUUACACCUGUGACACCGGCGAAAGCAAAACCUCUUGCCAGCUGGAAGUUUAUGAACGGGAAAUUCAGAUUGUGAAGGAGCUAGAGGACCUGGAGGUGCGAGAGAACGACAAUGCAGUCUUCGUCUGUGAAGUUUCUCAUGAAGAAGUGAAGAGUGAAUGGUUAAAGAAUGGAGAUAAAAUCAAAUCAAACAGCAGUGUCAAAAUAAGACAGGAAGGGACCAAACAUUUCCUGUUAAUCUGCAAGGUGAGGGCAGAGGAUGCUGGCGAGAUCCGAUUCACAGCCAAGAACGUCGAGUCUGUGGCUCGUCUAGAUGUUAACGAGCUGCCGAUCAAGAUUGUGAAGCCUUUGCGGGACAAGACAGCGCUGGAGAAACACAAGGUCAUCCUGGAGUGUAAGGUCUCCAAGCCACGGGCCAGGGUGCGUUGGUACCGGGGCAGUGAGGAGCUCCAUCCCACGGGCAAGUACGAGAUCUGCAGCGAGGACUGCUACCGCCAACUGGUCAUCCACGACGUCAGCUUUCAGGAUGAGGACACCUACACUUGCGACGCUUUUGACGACUGCUCAUCCGCCAAGGUACUGGUGGAAGAACAGGCCAUUCGGAUGGUGAAGGAGCUGGUGGAUGUGGAGGUGAUGGCUCCUCAGGGGGUCCAGCUGGAGUGUGAAGUGUCGGUGCCUGUGAUCAGACCCCCGCAGUGGAGCCUGAAUGGACAGCUCCUCCAGAAUGGGAAUGGGGUGCACGUGGAGAACAAAGGCACCAUCCAGAGGCUGAUCCUCAGCCAAACCUCCCCGGACAUGAGCGGAACGGUGAAGUUCACCGCGGGCAAGGCACGUUCCAGCGCACAGCUAACUGUCAACGCUGAAUAGAAGCAGUGGGUUGGAACAGAUUUGUCUUCCGCCUGGGAAUCGAACACACAGACACUCCAGCGAAAGCUCAUCACCGGACCC